AUGUCUUCGCCAACCGUUUUUGUCUGCGGUGCCACCGGCACCCAGGGAGGCGCCCUCACCUACAAUUUGCUUAAGCAGGGCGCCCAAGUGCAUACCAUCACCCGCAAUCUGAAUUCGCCUGCCGCCCAAAAGCUGAAGUCCCUUGGGGCCUCCAUCGCCGAAGGCGACUUCGACAACGAAGAAUGCUUGACGCGCAGCAUGACCAACUGCACAACCCUCUUCCUCAACCUGAUGCCCAGCUUCACCGAUUCUACCAAGGAAGUUAGACAAGCACAGAUGAUUCUCUCUGUGGCCAAAAAAGCCGGAAUCAAGCAUGUCAUCUAUUCCACCGCGCUGGCCGUCAACGACCCCGAGCGUCUCGCACACUGGGAUCCCAACAGCGCCCUAGGCAUGGUUGUUUUGUCCAAGCAGGUCAUUGAAAGAGAAGUCCGAGAGGGUGGAUUCAAAUACUGGACAAUUCUUCGCCCAGGUAACUUCAUGACCAACCACCUGGCUCCCCAUGUCCAAAUGUAUCAGGGACUUGCCGAGACCGGCCAAUUCACCACUUCUUUGACGCCGGGGUCCCUGAUUCCCAUGGUGGACCCCAAUGUCAUCGGUCAAUUUGGGGCCGCUGCCACCUUGGACCCAGUCAAAUUUCAUCAGGAGGAGGUUGAGAUCGUGUCGGAGCUUCUGACAGUGGACGAGGUGAUGCAGGGACUGUCGCGUGCGACGGGACGCGAAUUCAAGGCGACUUUCUUGUCGGAUGAGGAAAUCAAGGAGCAAGGUCAGACAAACCCAUUUAUCUGGAUGCAGCUUGCGCUGCGCGACAUGUCGAAGUUUGUUGAUAUGGAGAGGAUCAAGGCGUGGGGCUUGGAGCUGGGAAGUUUCGAGCGGUUUUUGGGGAGAGAGAAAGAAAGGGUUGAACAGACAUACUUGUGA